AUGAGUGUUUUUAAUAUAGCACUUUUUGGAAUAAUUGGGGCUAUUCUUUUAUAUUAUUUAUAUGUAAGUUCACAAAGCAUUUCAAUUCCUUUUGAAUUAUAAUAAAUUCAAGAAAAGGAAUUAGAGGCUAGACAAAAAGAGAGUGGAAAUAAAAACUAUUAAAUUCCUAAUUUCUUUUUUGUCACUCCUUGGUAAUUUAUUAUAGUAAAAAUAGGAAUAAGGAAGGAUAUAGGCUUACUAUAAAAUAUGCAUAGAAAAUAGACAUGGUUAGUCCUGCAUGGUUUAGUGUUAGAUAUAAUAAUGUUAUUGAUGGGAAGUAAGUUGUAAAUGAAUAAUGGAUGUAAGAAAUAGUUAAAGCCAAUCCUUCUAUAGCUAUAAUUCCUAGAGUGUAAAUAGAAUUAUAGGAAAGCUCAUUUAUUUAAUAAAUCAAUAAUCCAUAAUUAUUGGAAACAAUCAUUAAUUUAGUAUAAUAAUAUUAAGAUAAAUUUCAUGGUAUUAUGAUAGACACACCCUAUUUAUCAUAUAUUGAUGCUUUUGAUGCAUAAGAUAUAGUUAAAUUCCUUUAAAAAUUAAAAGCGAAACUUAAUAAUAAAAUGUUAGUGUUAACAUUAUAUGGUAUCUACAAUCCUUAACAAUACAAGCAUUCUACUCUAAGAAAAUUAUUCAAAAUAGCAGAUUAUACAUUAAUACAAACAUAUGAUUAUUAGAUCUAAGAUGAAGAUGAUUAAUUAUUAUCACCUUAUUAGUGGGUUUAAGAUAAUUUAGAACACUUUAUGACUUACAAAGAAAAAUUGUUGUUUGUAAUUAUUAAAUAAUUAUAUUUAUAGGGAAUUCCUUUUUAUGGAUUCAAAAAAACUGAGCAUGAUAAAACUCAUUUUAUAGGUAAUGAACUUCUUAAAUUGAAUGCAUCCAAUUUCAUUACAGAAUGGGAUAGAUCAUCUUCUGAAUGUAGAUACAAAAAUGAACUCGUAUCUAUUUCAUAUCCUUGUCCUGAUUUUCUAGUUUACAGGCUAGAAAUAAUCAAAGAAUUUGGUAGAGGUUAUUUUGUUUGGGAAGGAGGAUAAGGUAUUGAACUAUUUUAUCAACUUUUAUGA